UUAUUUUUACCCCUCAGCCUGACUUACGCCUUAAAAUUUCCAUUCCCAUUUCUCCAUUUCUCUCCGUCUUCACAAAAAAAAAAAAAAGAAAAAACACCCACCAUUUCUCAAUCUUCUCUCUCCAAAACCCAGAAUAUUUUUCUCAAUCAAACCCAGAAUAUUUUUCUCAAUCAAACCCAGAAAAGAUUAUGGCACAACAGAGAGAGAAAGAUGAAACCAUAGAGCUUAAAGUUCCAGCUGAAACACCCCUUUCACUUUCAUGCCCAGAUAAUUGCAAAAACAUCCCAUCUUCUACAAGACCCGACAUGGGUCGUAUAGAUCCGGGUCUACCAGACCCGGCCCGUCUAAGAUCGGAGAGGGAGGUGGAAGAUCAACCUCUUCCUGAGGCAACUUCAACGACGAAGGAUCUUCAAGAGUCAACAGUUGAGGUAUCUUCAAUACCGGUUAAAAAGUCUGUUAACAGGUGCUCCGGGUGCGGAAAACGGGUCGGGCUUACCGGGUUUAGAUGUAGAUGUGGAGAUCUGUUUUGUGCACAGCACAGGUAUUCAGAUCGGCAUGAUUGUAGUUAUGAUUAUAAAACUGCUGGACGAGAAGCUAUUGCAAGGGAGAAUCCGGUUGUUAGAGCUGCAAAGAUCUUGAAAGUUUAGAUAAAAGGUCAAAGUAUAAGUCAAGGAGAGAGAUAAAUUAGAUGGGUUUUUCCGGGUUUGGGCUUCGAUGAUGGGUUUGAGCUCGGGUUGGUGAGUGGUGUUAAGAUGGGAUGAUGAGUGGGUGGUUGAGACUUGAGAUGAGAAGGAUAGGGAUGGGAAUAGGGGUAUUAUUGUCAUUUCAUGAUGUGUGGUGACUUUUGCUUUGUACUCUUAUUAUUUCUUGUUUUCUUUUAUGGAAAAAAAAAAGAAAAUUAUAAUUUAAAAUUUUAAGUUAUUUUUUCUAUAGUGAAGUUAUUCGACCAUUAAACUAAUGGGAUUAAUUAGUAUUGUUUGGUAAUUGUUACUUGUAAUUUGAUAAAAUGAAAAUUUGUUGAGUGCCUAA